UGAUUACCGCGAUAUGAGAGCUGCGUCUUCUUAAAGCGACACGCCGCUUUAAUUAAUGAGACUACCGGAGAGAGGAGGAGAGACACGCCGAGGAUGCAGAUGAAGAGACGGAGCAGCGCCCGCCGGUCGCCUCCAUCUUCUCGCUGCAGGAGGACGCCGCGUGUCGCCGCUUCGUUUCACCGCCCUGGGGUGAUGAUGCCGGCUGUAAUCUGACCCUGCAUGCCUGCAGAAAAGCCUCCAAGACCCCCCUCCUCCCUCCUCUGCUCUCCAUCCUGCGAUACACGGACUGUGGAUGCGUCACAGCCGCUCAUCCUGCGUCGUUUCUUCCGCAGACGCGUCGUAGCCUCCUUGCCUCAUGUGUAGGUUAUGAAAUCGGCUGUAAAAACGCGGCUGUCCGCUCCUGACUCCUGCUGCACACACGGACUCUGUAGGCUUCAUGGCUUCUGUUAAUAGCGUCAAUAAUCCCGCGGAUUGCGCGUCCUUGUUCGCCUGCCAGGCCUUUAACGUUUCUGCUCUCCUGUACGCCGCCCAUGCGUUGCCGCCGCCGCGCCGCGCCACCUCCUUCCAUGGACUCUGAGAUCUAACGCGCGCCGCCUCCGCGUCUACGCCCUCGCCCUGCCGCUGAUGCGGUGCACCUGGGUGCUCGCUGUCUCCUCGUCCUGGUCCUGGCCGGUCAGUGAUCCUCCGGUCCGGGGGGGCUGGUGUCUGCAGAGAGGCAGGAUGGUGCGGAUCGCCAGCGCGCUGGGGCUGGUCAUGUUCAGCGUGGCGCUGCUCAUCCUGUCGCUCAUCAGCUACGUGUCCAUCAAGAAGGACUUUCUGCUCAGCACCCCCAGAUACGGACCCAAUGGAGGACCCAGGAUGUCCAUGUUCCAUGCGGGGUUUCGCGAGAGGCCGCCUCGCAAACCUGACCUGAGCUCCCAGCUGGCGUUGAAGUAUCUGGAUCCAGCUUUCACUCCUCUGACCAACUCUCUCAGCGAGGACCUGCAGAACUCCUCGAAAUGGACCUACAACCAUACUGCUUUUAUACAACUCAAAAAAGAGAUCUCUCAAUACAUCGACAUCCCCCACAACUUCACGCUGACAAGAGACUCAGUCCGAAUCGGACAGCUGAUGCAUUACGACUACUCCAGCCACAAGUACGUCUUCUCCAUUGGCGAGAACUUCCGUUCGCUCCUCCCUGAGAUCUCGCCGAUCCUCAACAAGCACUAUAAUGUCUGUGCUGUGGUCGGCAACAGCGGCAUCCUCACUGGCUCACGCUGUGGCCCCCAGAUCGAGAAGUUUGACUUCGUCUUCCGCUGCAACUUUGCGCCAACUGAGAUCUUUAAGAAGGACGUUGGGCGGCGGACCAACAUGACGACCUUUAACCCCAGUAUCCUGGAGAAGUACUACAAUAAUUUACUGACUGUGCAGGACAGGAACAAUUUCUUCCUGAGCCUGAAGAAGCUCGACGGAGCCAUCCUGUGGAUCCCGGCAUUUUUCUUCCACACGUCAGCCACGGUGACGAGGACACUGGUCGACUUUUUCGUGGAGCAUCGAGGUCAGCUGAAGGUCCAGCUGGCCUGGCCCGGAAACAUCAUGCAGUAUGUGAACAGCUACUGGAAAACCAAGCAGCUGUCGCCAAAGCGCCUGAGUACCGGCAUCCUGAUGUACACGCUGGCGUCCGCCAUGUGCGACCAGAUCCACCUGUACGGCUUUUGGCCCUUCGGCUGGGACCCCAACACGGGAAAGGAGUUGCCGUACCAUUACUACGACAAGAAGGGCACAAAAUUCACCACCAAGUGGCAGGAGUCCCAUCAGCUGCCUGCCGAGUUCAAACUCCUCUACAAGAUGCACACGGAGGGCCUGUUGAAGCUCUCACUCUCCCACUGUGCGCAGGGCUAAAAGUGCACAGGUACAGCGCUCCUUCAGACUCCAGCGCUUCCACAGGCCAGAGUAGUCGGAAUGAUGAGGCAGACGAAAGGAGGAUUUGUGUGGUUUUGCCAAAAUCAAAAUCUUGGCUCUGAGGCCAAGUUGGUGAAAUGAGCUCUGGAACUGGUUUUAGCCCCAAAAAGCCCCGUUUGACAAACUGUUUGUACAGUUCAAGAAACAAGUAAUAUCAUUUUCUACUGCUUAAGAGCUGAAAGAUGAAAAGGACGACAGUUUAGGAAAAGUUGGCUGCAGCUGGACUUUUAGGCAGCGUUGCUCUUCAGCAGAAUAUCACAACCUUGAACUGCUUCAUGGUGUUUUUAUCACUUAUCAUUGUUAGGACUAAAGCUACAGAUCAGCAACAUUAAAACCAACAUUAGCACUGCGUUAAAGAAGGCAGAUCUCUCAUUCAUUCACAGUCUGGGUCCUGACAACGGGCGCCAUGGUAAAAUAGAGCCUGGCUCAAUAUUUGCUGCAAUUUAGGCCUUGGCUACACGUACAUGGGUAUUUUUAAAAAUGGGCUUUUCUCAAAAAGAAAAUUUCCAUCCACACAAUCACUGUUAGAAAAAAAUUGUGUGUCAGAUGCCGCCGCUAGCACACAGUGGACACGUCACUGUGCAGCUCAUAAACAGACGACCACGCACAGUCAUUACAGCUUUUACAGAACGAUCUGUACUUCCUCCACCUCUGCAUUAGCAUAAAAUCAUUUUUCUCCCGAAGAGCCAAUCUCCAGAGCUUUGUCUCAGCGAGCGAUAUCUUUUUGGCCAUUGUCUUCAUAAUGACAGGCUUGUGGGUCAUUCAGCUCAAUAUAUUUUUCGACCUCAUCCAUUCUUCGUCACACACCAGAUACAGCAACAGAGUUCUCUAUGCAUCCGUUGGCAGGAGUCGAGCUGCCAUAGGAGCAGAGAAAAAGAGCGGGAGUUUGUAUGUACAAGCAGAGAGCAAGUGGGGGGGAAAUGCAUUUAAUUCUGGGGGUCGUGAGGCUGGAAAUACGACAGUGGCAUAAAGGGCUAUGGGGCGGCAUGUCCAGGAGCGCCAACGGCAAUGUAGGGUUGUACAUUGAAAAUAACAGGGGCGUAUUUUUUUACAUGGCGUUCGCCACCAGUGUGUUUUGGCCUGUAGUGUUCAAUCUCUUACUCUUGUGAUCAGAAAUGAUCUUAAGCUCAAUUCUGAAAUUGUUCUGUAAAUAGUUUCCUCAUAUAUAAUAAUUUAAGCAACUUCUGUUCUAUAUCUGAUCCAUCUCAAUUUUAGGUUAAAAAUAAAAACUUGCGGUUAGGCCACGGAUACAGAUUAUUUAGUUGAUAGAACAGAUGCAGAUAAUGGUGCACUCACUCCCAAAAUAUUGUUCCUUUAAAUUGCAAAAAUGGAUAAAUAUGAAUUCGUAGUAUACAGUUAAUGUUACAUAUCUUAGCCUAAAUGUAUAGAAACAUCUGUGUUUCUAAAAAUACCUGCAUACGUGUGGAGUAGGCCUCAACUGGUCGUUUAACUGUAGAGCAAAUGAUUGACUUUUCUCAGCCUUUCUCCGAUAAGCCUUCAAUUCAUAAAUCAGUUACUCAACACACCUGGAUUGUAUUUCAGUGUCUGACUAGUACCAGAAGCAACAUGCGACAACUUACACAGGCCUUUGCCGUUUUUUCACGCAGUGCUGCAUUUGGUCUGAACGCCCUGUACGUAAGACAGCAAUGUGACUAGUUUGACUAUAGCAUCAGAGUGAAAAGGAUGAGCAGAGAUAUUGGAAGCUGACUUUGAUUUCAGGACAUAUCUCCCCCCGCUUCAACAGCUAACAUCAUCUAUUGGCUUACCAAUGAUUGUUGAGCAGCUGAACAGGACAGGACCCGUGUUUGCUCCAUUUGCAACGAAGAACCAUACCUAACCACACAUUAGUCAAAUGCACAGUAAUUCCCCAAAGCAUCCCAUUUACACAUCCAGCAGUUAUGGAGCAACAUUAUUAUCGUUUAAUCUGUUUUUGUGUCCAACUGAUGAAUGUAAACUCAAUAUUCACUCUUUUUGCUCUGUUUUUGGUCUCCACCAACUCCUGACAGAAAUAUUUGGCUGUUUAGCUGCUAAAUGUUUCACUGUCAUCACCAGCAAGUUGUUUACUUUGUCUGAAAAGCACAGAGAGACACAUUUAAAUAUUGUGGAUAAAGGUGGGGCAGUUUCCUGACAUACGGCAACAAAUCUAAGGAGUCACAACAGAGGCACCACGAAUGAACGCUAGUUGUAAUGUAGUGCAGGUACAGGCUGUGGGUUGUGUAUAAUUGAGCUAAUGACAUGUUGGUUUAUUUUAAAAGUGACCGCCCUACUUUGUAAGGUUACUAAUGUUAGCUAGCUGGUUGUGUAGCCAGCACUUUGCAACUUAUCAGUAAGAUGCACUUUCAGCCAGUAUGCUGCCAUUUCUUUCUUCUAAGUUGUGGUAAUUUUUUGGUUUGCCCUAUCACUUUUUUGUGUGUUUAAAAGAAAAAUAGAGCUAGAUAAUUGGUGAUAUGUUAGAAAAUAGCCUCAUAGUCCCAGAGUCUUAUAAAUCACCCACCACUUUAGCCAGGUGGCUCCAUUCACACAGUUUUUCUAUAAUCUGCUAAUGCUAGAGCGCAGUAAAUAAAGGGUCACUUCCCUACAGAAAUAUACCUUUAUGUUAAAGAGUAAGAUCCUUUUUGUUUAACCAGAAACAGCCCCAGAAUCGCCAGCACCAAACCCACCAGA